UGUCACAGAGAGAACCGUUCCCUUAAAUGCAGCUGCAGUACUUUGGUGUGAUACCUGUCAGAAUCAUUCACGGUGUGAGCUUGGGUUUGUAACCAUGAUGCCAAGAUUGGUCCUUCUCCUUUUCUGUGGAUAUAUUGCAGUAAACCUGGGAAGUGCUCAGAAAUUGCCCAGAGUGAAAAGACAGAGUCUGAAAGUUCAGAUCAAUGCAACAGAUGACACUGUUUGCAUGAGGUAUCUUCGACCAAGCCAAAACACCAAACUUGAAGGUUUUGUCCUGGGUUAUGGAAGCAGCUUCUUCUCUAAUCAGUACAUUCCUUUACCUUCAGAUGGAAGCACCUACAUAAAUGAACUUGAUGCAGAGCCACGGUAUUUGGUUUCAGUGAGACCAGCACGUGUUUCAAAUAACAAGAAAUCUUGUUCAGGUCGGAACAAGAAUCAAAAGCCUCUGCAGCUGGUAGUUGGCACUCUCACCCCAACUUCUGUGUUCCUCUCUUGGGGCAUCCUAGUCAACCCUCAGCAUGACUGGACAGCAACAAGUAACUGUGCUAGCGACAGGUUCUACACUGUUCGCUAUAGAGAAAAGGAUAAAGACAAGAAAUGGGUUUUUCAGCUCUGCCCAGUUACAGAAACAGUGGUGGACAAUCUGAAGCCAAACACACUUUAUGAAUUUGGAGUUAAGGACAACAUGGAGGAUAGCAUCUGGAGCAAGACUUUAAAUCAUAAAACAGUUCUGUCUAGUAAGAAAGUAAAUGGUCAACUCCAGAAUAUGUACAAAUUGGUACCUAGUACCCAGUCACAGCUUACGCUAAGAGAUAAUAAGAAGUUGGUCCCUGUUACAAUAAUCAAACAAGUUAUUCAGAAUCGGACGCAGUCAAAAACUUCGGAUAGUUCUUCUCUGCCAGGAGCAAUUCUAGUGCAUCUUAUUGUUCCAGGUCUCAAUGAAACUCAGCAAAAACUUCUUCCUCCCCUGUCAAUAGAUGACAUAACUCAAGUAUCCAGAAAAAAACUGGGUAAGAAUGAAACUCAAGUAUGGCCUGCUGAAUCCAAAACACCAGAAGUUCAAGAAAUCUCGCCUCAGUCUCUCCCAGCUCCCAAGGAGAUUCCUCGCAUUCCUUCUAAACCUAAACCUUCACCCAAACCUCAUAUUCCACAGGCUAAAGAUGUCCUGGAAUCUGUAACGUUUAGAACUGAUCAACCAAAACCAACAAUAGUUCCAAAAGAAUCACAUCGUAUUCCUUCCAGACCUAGGGUACCACCAAGCUCAGAGGUGCCACAGACCAAGCCUGCUCUGGAACCAAUUACGUUUAGAACUGAAAAACCAAAGUCAACAUCAGUUCCUAGAGAGACACGUUAUGGGCCUUCCAAACCCAAAACAUCUCCCAGUCCACGUGUUCCUCCAACCAGAGCAAGUCCAAAAGAAAGUCGACGAGUCACUGCCAAGCCUAGAACAUCACCAAUUCCAGAUUUACCACACACAAAACCUGCUCCUAAAGAAACACAACAAACUUCCUUUAAACCUAAACCAGCUCCCAUUCCAGAUGCUUCACAACGCAAGCCUGGAAUCAUUCCAUCCUUCCGUGAACCUGAUUCUACUAUGAUUCCUCAAAUGCCUCAAAGAAUAAAACCAACACUGGCUGCAACUGAAAAACCAUUCAUUCAUACCAAACCAAAAACAUCUGAAAAACCAAGAGUGCCAUACACCAGACCUGCAGUACAUCAAACAACCCCACAAACAAUUAUCACAAAAACUUCCACCACCACUGAGCAGUCAAGGGCAACAUUGGCUCCAAAAGAAACAACGCUCCUUCCUUUCAAACCUAAAUCAUCUGUUGAGACAGAAGUGCCACAGACUAAACCUGCUCCAAAGACAACACACCUGGGAUCAAUUAACCUUAUAACAGUUCAUGUUGUUGAUGGGUCCAAAAUGACUUUGGUUCCCAAUGAAACAUAUCAGAUUUCACCCAAACCCAAAACUGCUCUCACUACUGAAAUUCCAUGGUUGUAUACAGCAGGACAUAAAACACGUCUCACUUCUUUAAGACCAAGGCCAUCUGAUAAAUCACAGGCCAGACCUGCUCCAAGUAAAACCACAGUAGCACCAGCUAGAACAAAAGCACCUGGCUUGCCAAAGUGGAUUGUGCCAACAACAGAUGACAUAUAUACACCUGAGGAUAUUGCCAGACAUAUUGGCAUGGAUGUAAAAAAACCUUUGGAAUAUAUUGACACCUGGGAGAAGCCAUUCUCUGGAGCUACAUCACCUAGACCUCAGCAUCCUCCUAUACCUCCUGUCAAGCCUACACCAAUGCGAAGAAAGCCUCUGCCUCCAAACACUGUGACGGGUAAACCAGGCAUGCCAGCUAAACCAGCUGGACCAACAAUGCCCGUGAAGACAGGAGUGCCUUAUAAGACACCAACAGCUUUUGCAACUCCAGAGUAUUAUGUUGAUGCAACUGUCUUCAGUUCAAGCCCUACGUCAGAAACAGACUCUUCAGGCAAGCCAAGGUACCUAGCACCCCAUGUCAAAUAUAUGAAGAAAGAUGAUGAUGUGCCUUGCUCUAUCACAAGCUCUCUUGAACAUUUCCCUCAAGAAGAGGCUGGCAUCAAAGAAGAACCUACCCGUCCUCCACAGAAUCCUCCCACCAACCUCACAGUUGUGACUGUUGAGGGCUGUCCAACUUUCGUCAUAUUGGACUGGGAGAAACCAGACAAUGAUACUGUUACUGAGUAUGAGGUUGUGUCAACUGAAAAUGGAGUGACUGAUGGUGAAAAGGAGAAGUCAAUUAUCACUACAAAUCAAACGCAUUCUACUGUGGAAAACCUGAAACCUGACACAAGUUACGAAUUCCAUGUGAAACCUAGAAACCCCCUUGGUGAAGGUCCGAGUAGCAAUGUUGUGGCUUUCAGUACUGAAUCAGCGGACCCAAGAGUGAGUGAGCCUAUUUCAAUGGGAAAGGAUGCUAUCUGGACUGAAAUCCCAUUCAAUUCUGACUCUUACUCAGAAUGCAGAGGGAAACAGUAUGUGAAAAGGACCUGGUAUAAGAAGUUUGUAGGUGUGCAGCUGUGUAAUUCGUUAAGAUACAAGAUAUACCUCAGCGAUUCACUUACAGGAAAAUUCUAUAACAUAGGAGACCAGAGGGGCCAUGGAGAAGAUCACUGCCAAUUUGUAGACUCGUUCUUAGAUGGAAGGACAGGACAGCAAGAUGAUCUACCAGUCAAAGACGGAUUUUUCAGGGCAGUUCGUCAGGAACCUGUCAAGUUUGGAAAAAUAGGUGGGGAGACUCACAUCAACUACGUGCGCUGGUAUGAGUGCGGAACAUCAAUUCCUGGGAAAUGGUAGAUGUGAUGGGGACCUGGUGAAGAGACCCAGCACCAAGCACCCUUGCGAAUGCCCCAAGCAAGCUCAAAGAUGGGAAUGUAUGGUAUGCCUGUCACUUACACAAGUUUGCUGGCGUGUAAGAUUUAUGCAAGUCUAAUGCCAAUACUGCAUUAAUUGUGUAAUAGCGUAGGCUGCUUACUGUAGUUAUCCAGUUUUACAGAUUUGUCUUUAGAUUGAAAAAAAAAAACAAAACCACAGGGUAGGGACACGGUGUAGGAUAAUGCAUAGGGAAGCUGGCUCCCUAUUCUUGAGGUAUGGUUUCUAAGGUAUUUUAAGAGAUACGGUGUGUAUAUUAUUUAUCACAAUGUUGUAAUAAAUGUUUAAGGCACAGUUAUGGUAAAAGUUGGUCAUGGAAUGCAGUAUGUGUUAGUUUUUAAAUAUUCACUGGUCUUGUAAUGUAAGUGCCAUAAGCUAUCUGCCCAGGUAAAUCUGCCAUGUUUCCCCCAUCAUAAAUUAUAAAAAAGUCCCCACAGGUUUUAAUAACCAGGAAACUUGAAGUGCUUUCUCCUUACACGUACAAACAGCCCAUACUCCUGCCCAAAUACUGAGUGUAAUUGUGUGUGGAUCUUUGAUUGAUAGAGUUUGUGUUUUUUUCCAUAUUUGUUUCCAAAUGCAAGUUUCACCUCCAGCAAAACCUUCAGUAAGGUCGGCCCGUGGCUGUGGAGUUAGAAGUGCUGCAGUGGUUAGUGAGGCAGUGGUUUGUGUUCCUCUAAUGAAAGCAGGCAGGUACACGUGUAUGUGGAGAAACAUGAAACUGGUCUCCGUUGCUGUGGCGUACCGUAGAAGUGCUGUUUUCAGAGACUGAGUGGUUCAAAAAUGAGAUGUAUGUACAUUGCAGGAAGGUCUGGGACAAUAAGUGAAAUGAGAAAAAUAAGCGGUCAUAAUGGCGUCAUCGGUCAGAUUUGGUUUAUUAAGAAGGAAUGCUUUAAAACAUUGCUCAUUGGGGAAAAAGGGGAAAUAGUGAUAACUGAACUUUUAAAACUGCUUUACGGCAAUUAAAACCUCUCUCAAAGCUACUUGUUGUACUGCUUGAACAUUUAUGUACUAAAUAAAGAGAUGUAGGUUUUUUUUUUUAAAAGGUGUUAUUCAUUACAUUACUAAUGUAUUGAAAAAUAUGAGCAGGACACCCAGAUAUAUAUAUAGUAGAAAUAGUCAUUUAUAGAAAAUGCCUUAUAAAGUACAUUGCAGGUACACUGUACUCCUAAUAAAAUAUUUUUUAAUCAAG